AAGACCUUUCAUACGCGUUAAAGUUUAAUUAAUUUUCAAGUGUAUUUUGGAUUAGAAUCUAAGUGUUUUCCGAUCAAGAAAAAAAAAUCGAAUCUUAAUAUUUUUUUUUUGUUUCAAAUUUAAAUCAAUUGCCAACUAUUUUUUUCAAGUUAUUUCAGAAUUUUUCUGUUUUGUUUUGUUCAAACCUAACCGAAAAUGUUUCGAUCCAUUGCAACAAAAUUAUAUUCACCACGUUCGGAUAAUAUUCAUUUGAUCAAAAAUAUGGUCAUCCGAACAUCAUCAUCAUCAAAUGCUCAGCCAAAAACCGACAAUAAAAAAAUGGAAGCAAAAGUUGAUCUGGACAGAUUAGAUAAAAUUAAAAUUCCAGAAUCACAUUCAUUUGUACAGAAUUUAUUCGCCGGUCGUGCCAAUACCGAAUUUUUUCUUCCUUAUCCACAAGUAUUAAAUAAUGAAGAAAUCAGUUUUCUCGAUAUGAUAGUCGAUCCUGUAUCAAAAAUGUGGGAAGAUAAAUGGGAUGAGCUGGUCAAACUAGAAGAAACAGAAACAGUACCUGAAGAAGUAAUGCAAAUGAUGAGAGAUAUGGGUUCAUUUGGCAUACAAGUUCCUGUUGAAUACGGUGGUAUGGGAUGUAAUAACACACAAUAUGCUCGCCUUGCCGAAGUUGCUGGCCGUUAUGAUUUAGGUAUCGGUAUUGUACAAGGUGCUCAUCAAAGUAUUGGUUAUAAAGGUCUUGUAUUGUUUGGAACACCCGAACAAAAAGCAAAAUAUCUUCCUGAUUUGGCCACGGGCACCAAAAUGGCUGCAUUUGCCUUGACUGAACCUUCUGCCGGUUCGGAUGCUAGUUCAAUCAAAACUCGAGCUGUUUUAAGUGAAGAUGGUAAACAUUAUAUCUUAAAUGGUUCAAAACUCUACAUCAGUAAUGGUGGAUUUGCCGAUUUUUUCACCGUAUUUGCCAAGACUGAAAUCAAAAAUGAAAAAGGUGAAAUCAAAGAUAAAGUAACCGCUUUUUGGGUACCUAGAGGUCCUGGCCUAACUAAUGGUCCUAAUAUGAAAAAAAUGGGUAUCAAAUUUUCGAAUACGACUGAAAUUUGGUUUGAUAAUGUCAAAAUUCCAGUCGAAAAUAUUAUUGGUGAAGUUGGAGAAGGAUUCAAAGUUGCUAUGAAAAUUUUGAACAAUGGUCGUUAUGGUAUGAUCUGUGCAUUAUCUGGAACGAUGCAAAAAGCAAUCGAAAUGGCAAGCACGUAUGCCAAUACCCGAACACAAUUCGGUAACAAACUAUCAAGCUUUACGGCCAUCCAGGAGAAAAUCGGUCGAAUGACUUUGGCUCAUUUCGUAACACAAUCGCACGCUUACAUGAUCAGUGGCGUCAUUGACAAAGGAAUGGCCGAUUUUCAAUUAGAAGCUGCCGUUGGCAAAAUUGUAGCAUCUGAUUCAGCCUGGCAUGUCUGUGAUGAAGCAUUACAAAUUUUCGGUGGUAUGGGAUACAUAAAAGAAACCGGAAUCGAGAAGAUGCUUCGUGAUACACGUAUAUUUAGAAUAUUUGAAGGUGCCAACGAAAUUCUUCGAUUAUUUAUUGCAUUAACUGGUCUACAAUAUGCAGGCGGCCAUUUACGUGAAAUUCAAAAAGCAAUGAAAAAUCCAACAGCUAACUUGGGUUUAAUUUUUAUGGAAGCUUCGAAACGAUUAAAACGAACUGCAGGUUUUGAUGCUCCAGAUAUGACGGAAAAAAUUCAUCCAUCGUUACAUCCGGAAGCACAAAUUUUAUCGAAAAAUAUUAUUCUAUUCAGUUCGGCAGUUGAACAUUUACUUAUCAAAUACAACAAGCAAAUUGUCAUGGAACAGAUGUUAUUGUUGAGAUUGGCUAAUUCUGUCAUCGAUAUCUAUACAAUGUUAGUUUUGCUUUCACGAGUAACAUUAUCGUUGAACAAAAAUAUUCCUUCUGCUGAAUAUGAAUCACAGCUAUGCAAAUUAUUUGUUUCGGAGGCUAAUAUGCGUGUGAAUCAAAAUCUUUCUGCAUUACGAUCACCAGCCAUAUUGAAAAACGAUGAAUUGAUAAGGAAUAUCGCUGUUCAAAUUUUUGAAAACCAAGGCAUCGGUCAUCAAUCACCAUUACAUUCAAAUGAAUCUUCCUAAAAUUUUUGACUGAAAUAUUUUCUGCUGCUUUAUUAAAAUUUGUUCGAAUUUAUUGUUAGAAUUGUAAAUUAAGGAUGAUUU